AUGCCUUCCAUCAGCAACAUCGUCGCCGCCAUGGCCUUCACCGCCGGCAUUGCCCAGGCCAUCCCCCAGUACCAGAACCUCCUCUGCCGGUGCUUCCAAGACCUCGUCUGCCGCUGGCAUGGCUACUCUCCCGCUCUUGCCGAGUCCGCCUACUGCCCCGGCCUUAACGGUGCUCUCGUCGGUGACUACCUGAUUGAGUGCUCGACAUCGCAUUUCGGAACUAUUCUUCAGGUCGGCAACGGCACCGUCGCUGUCGCCAAGCGUGCUGUUUACACCUCCCUCGGUGACUGCAUCAACCUCUGCUCUACCACCUCUACUUGUGUUGGUACCGCUUUCGACACUGUUGCUCGCACUUGCACCCUCUACUCUGAGGUCGGCCAGGCUGUUGCCGCCAACGGUGUUGACUUUGCCGUCCUGACCAACCCCAACGGCAACGGUGUCGGUGCCGGUGGUGUCGCUACCUCGACCAUCUUCUCGACCCAAGUCGUGACCAUCUCCAGCUGUGCUCCCACUGUCACCAACUGCCCCCUUAAGAACGGCGCAUCGGUCGUUACCCAGGUCAUUCCCGUGAGCGAAACAACCUACAUCUGCCCUACCGCCACUACUCUCCCUGCCUCUGCUGUUGCCUGUGGCUGUGCUGCUGUCCCCGUCACUGUCACUCAUGUUCCCACUGCCACUGUCUUGACCACCACCAUCUGCACCAGCUGCGCUCAGCCCACUGCCAACAUGAACAACGGCAACGGCAACGGCAACAACAACGGUGGUAACAACGGCGGUGCCAUCACCUCUACUGUCACCGUCUGCAACUCUGGCAAGUGCUCUGCUGUCGCCACCACUAUCGCUGUUGCCUCUGCCACCACCUCUCAGAUGGCUGUCUACACUGGUGCUGCCGACUCCGUCAAGGCCGGCUCCGCCUUCGCUGCCUUCGUUGCCGGUGCCGCCAUCCUCCUCUAA